UCUGGACAGUCUUAGUAUUCAGCUUCAUCAUGGCUGGACGCCUGCUGUUUGUCUUCCUCAUGUAUUCCUUUCAUGAGGUUCAAGCACAAGCUCUUAUACCACCUAAACUGACAGUGAAUCCAGCGGUGAUCACAGUGACAGAAACAGUCACACUGAACUGUCAGACUCCAUCAUCUGUUUCUGUGUCUCAGUGUUAUUUCUACACUUUAAGUGGAGGAACGGUCAGAGUCCUCUCUUGUCUGCAGACACUGACAGGAACUGAGCUGCUGAAGAUGUCGCAUCGAAGUUUACCUACUGAGGUUCAAGUGAGGUGUUUUUACACUGUAAAUGUUGGAGAGAAAAAUUCUCAAUCUCCAGACAGUGACACAUCCUCCAUCACCAUACACAGUCAAACACCACUGCUGUCUGUUCACCAUUCUUAUGGUGACGAUGUUCUCUUCACCUGCUCUCUGCCUGGAUCUGGUAAUCCUGAUACGAGAUGUAACCUAUACUUUGGAGAAGCAAGUCCAGUUCUAACAACAAACAUCUCGAGGAAAAAGACCUCAAAGAAAGAGUCGUUCUGCCAGUUUACUGUCACAAUUGAUGCUUUGCUGAGUCGUCUACGUUUAGUUCAACAAAGAGAUGCCAGCUGUGAUUACAGUUUGGGAAGUGAACCCAACUCUUUGUCUCCUCGUAGUGAUGGAUACAGCUUGACUGAUAUUGUGGAAAGAGAGUCAAGCAUGACCCCGACAAUGCCAACAUUUAGUAUGACCAAAGGUCUGACUGUUAGCAGGCGUGGCGUUUCCACUCUGAUGACUCCUGUAAAACGAAUGUCAGGUCAAACUGUUGAUAUGCCAAGUAACACUGGUAGUUCCACCUCUACUUACCUAACACCAGUGAAACAAGCACCAGAAACGUGGAUAUUGAAGUUUGUAGCAGUUGUGACUGGUUGUGGAGUCAUUGUUGGCGUCAUCUUGCUGGUUUCUGCAAUUCUCUACAACAAAAAAACUGCAGGUUCUGAGGAAGUAAAAAGUCAAGACCCUCAAAACAAGAACUUUGACACAUACCAUACGUACUACACCAUCGCUGAAGAGUCAGCUGCAUCAGCCCUGAAGGAUAUGGUGUACAGCACCGUGCAGACACACUGAAACAGUUUUAUACUGUAUAGAGAAAGAGAAGCAGACAACCUCAAAGACUAGAGAAAUGUAAAAAUGUAAACCUUGUGUUUAAAGUUGAGUGGUAUAUUCCAGACUAAUGUUAAACAAUUGUAAUGUCUUUUUAUCAGAUCAACCAAAUUGCUGUUUAAGACUGAACCAAACUUUUACAAAAGUUUCCAAGUUUUCCAGUUGGAUGCACUUUUAAAGUUGAGGUUUAUGAUGUACAAAGCACAGCUUGGUUUCCAAACUGCAUUUCAAUUUAGCUUUAUUUUAGAUCAAGAUUAAACAUGCAUUUAGUUUUACUCAUAUAUAAUAUAAUAACUAAAACGAAAGGUCACUCGUGUUUGUAAUUGUUUUGUUUUCUAAUGUGUUUUGUUUAAUGUUGGUCAUAUUUUUUAACUUACUGAUACUGUACACACUGUAUGCCCACGGCCUCCCAAUAAUACCAUAACUUGUAAUGCUUUGUAUUGUUCAUUUACAUAUCUCACACAC